UUUCUGAGAGGAGCUCUUUCUGCUCCAUCUAGAUGCUUCUUCUGCAACUGCACAGGGUGUCAGGCAGACUGAGAUGGGGCCCUGCUCAGAAGACCUCCGCCUCCGCUGGGCCUUCAGGUUCCUGGGAUUCAUCAGCCUCCUCCUCAGCAUCCGCAGCACUGGAGUCAAGAGUUCUGGAGCACAUGGUUCUGGAGUUCAGGAUUCUGGAGCCCAUGUUCCCCUGCAGGGGAUCCGAGGAGGUUCUGUGUUGUUUCAUAUGACCAAGAAGCAAGAAGCUGACCCAGAGGAAGUCUUAUGGGGCUUUGGCCCUGAGUCAAACUACAGAGUCCUGCUGCGAGUCCUCCGUGGGGCAGACACCCCAACCUGGGUCAGCCUCCAGGACAAGUACCAGCACAGGGUCCAUGUGCCCAAUGUGAUGUCCCUGAGGAUUGAGAACCUGACCCGAGAGGACAGUGGGCAGUACCGGGCUCGAGUCAGCUUCCCUGGAGGAAUAGAACUUACCCAGGUUUUCCUCCUCACUGUCUGUGAUCCUGCACCCCUUCCCCAGAUCCUGGUCAAAUCUGCAUCCAUCACACCAGGCUGGUGCAAUGCUACCCUGGAGUGCACAGCCUCACGGGACACAGAGGAUCUGAAGGUGACCUGGGGGAGCAUGGGCCUUCCCAGGGAGCAGAGAAUAAUGCUGGAUCCACCCUCAGACUCCUGGACCCUGGCUCUGAGUCUGCCCCUGAGCCAACCCAGUGCCAGCUUGACCUGUGUGGUCAGCAACCAGGUGGACCAGAAAACUGCCACCUUAGACCUUGGAGAAGUCUGUGUCUCUGAUUCACAUGGACAGGUCAGUGCUGACCCCCUGCCAUGCAUCAUAAAGGCUGUUGUGGUUAUGCUGUUGAUCCUUGGAGUUGGGCUGUUCCUUUGGAAGACACGUGGGAAGAAGAGGAAGAUGAAGACUGAAAGAGGUAUAGAAUUUCAGGAGAAUCAGAGGAACAAUGAUGGUGGAGACCAGUAUGCAGAGCUGAGCCAGCAGACAUCUGGAGAGGCCACAUACAAGGUAAUUGGUGAACAUACUUAGAAGAAAAGGAGCCUUUUAGAGUCUGCAGUGAGGUCCACAAGCCAGAAAGUGGGCCCAUGAAGAUAAUUUAAUUGGAGGAAGCAGGAGACUCUGCACUCCUAGGAUACCUCCACUCAUAGCCUGAUUCAUGCAGGCACCUGCCUCUCCCAGCUCUGGUUCGGCUCCAGCUGCCCCUGGUCUGUGUUACUCUGACUUUUCUGCUGCCAACUCUCUGGGUACAUGUGUCCUUCUGACAUCCUCUGACACCUCCCCAAGUGCCCUCCCACUCAGGAUACUCACCCUACCGGACAAAUCCUCUUCUUCCAUCAUCGACUCUUCUCCUGAAGCUUUCCAAAGAGGACCUUCCUACACAUGGUAAUCCCCACAGCCUCUCCUGUGUGGUGGUGUAUAUCUUCCCGAGGACAUAAGCUCAGGCAUGGGGACUGUGUGGGAGAUAUUUACCAGACCACGGAGGAAGAGUUUAGGACCUUGGUGCUGGGUGCUGAUCUGGGAAUCUAUGGAAGCCACAUGGGUAGGUGGGAGUCCAUAAAGGACUGUCCUGAGUUUUGCUUUGCACCCUGUGUAGGGCAAAAUUUGCAUGUUGGGCAUUGUGUGUGUGUGUCUGUAUGUACGUUGGGGGAAUAUCCAGUGUGCAUUAUACCCUAGGCCACAUCCCUUGUUCCUGAUCACUAGUACUAACCUCAGCUUCAGUUCAUGGACCUCAAAUCUACCUCCUGUGAAGUGGGAAGAGGAAUGUGUACUGUUUCUAUCCCUUCCAAACCUUUUCUGUAUCAGAGAAGGACCCAGGAUGGAUUUAUAUUCUUAGGAAAUCAGCCUCAGGCCUUUCCUGUCUGGGGUGGGGGUCAUUAGAAUGGAAGUGCAGGGUGCUCCCCCAACACACAGACUCUGAUGAAGCUACUGUAAGGAGUGAAUUUUAAGGAAGAUCUGAACCAGCCCUCUCCUGCUUCUUCUGACCUUCAGCCCCCACAACCUGCUGGCCUCAGAUCCUAGUCAGCCUCCUCUAUGCUCAUUCACAUCCUUCUGCCUGAAAUGGUGAUGCCUGCCCCGUCCCUUCCUCUCAUCCCUGUUUGAAUUCUACCAUUCAACACAAAGCCCCCUUCCAGGUCACAUGUUCUAUAUGUUCCUUAAAAUCUGGAAAUGGUCUCUUCCACAUCUGACCUUUUCAGACACAUUCAACAAAGCCCAGUCCCCUACCACAGUUUGCCUUGGGUUGGUCAUCACUCUUCUCUGCUAACCUCAGCUGUACCUCCCUCAGAAGGGUGCUGUGUCUUUAGGAGGCCAGUGCCAAGAGAUAAGCACCUCUGUCUGUGAAGGGUGUAAGCCAGCCUCCACCUAGCUCCCACAGGGACUCAGCAGACUGAGACCCAGAGCACAGUCUAUAGAAGUCUUUUUGAUAAUAAGUCUACAAGGAAGCAAGAUUAACCUGAUGACCUUCAACCACUCUACCUGGCUUCCCUACCCACCUCCAGCCUCCUGAUGACCUGAGGCAGCCUGCACUGAAUUGUGUGGGAGCUUAUCCACCUCCUGAGGGUCCUCACCUCAUCAAAGCCUUUGCUUCCUGCCUUGAGUUCCAGCUCUUGAGUCAGAGAUAGACUCGCUAUAUUUCUAUGAUUUGUGGUCCUUUGUCUGCUGAUCUAGAUGUCUGGGUCUCCUGAUUCCACUUCCACCUCAGCAAGCUUAGCUGCUUCAUUUCUGACCUCAGAAAGCAAGAUUCUGACUUAAAAGCUUGAGCAUUAUGAAGCAAUGCUAGUAUCCUGCUGGGUGGUACAUGGAUAAUGAAGAAAUAGAGUUUCCAUAGUAAAGCUGUUUUUAGCCUGUUUAGCUUAGGCUGAAUAGAAGGCUAAGAGAGAAGAUGACCUCUCUCAUUGGCAUCCCAGGUGAUCGGUCAUGGCUGUGUCAGUGCCAUCAGUCCAAAAGCAGUGUAAGAUGUGACAACCCAUUGACCCCCUCCCACCUACCUCACUUCUCAAAGCAUAAGACAAAAAAGAAAAAGAAAACUAACUCAACAUUCCAAGCCUGUAUUGAACCAGACUUUGUCCUGUGAAUUUUAUAAAUAUUAUUUCUUCUUAUAAGAAGUCUUUAGAGUAGAUAUUACUGUUCCUAUUUUACAGGACAAUAUAUAGUUGAUAUCAGAGCAAAUUCUUAAAUCUAGUGUUAGAUAAUUCCAGCAUUCAUAUCUUAUCCUUUGCCACAUGGUCACUGAAGACCUUGGAAUCUUGGAGUAUUCAGAGAUUAUCUUCCAUUUGCUCCUUUUCCAGGAUCCUGGUUCUGACUCAGGUGCUUCAACAUGGAAUGAGUUCAUCCUGAUGAUGGAUGAAGCAGUUGGUGGCUGAAAGUGGAAUUGCUCCUUAGGAGGACAAUAAGAUGGUAGAUGCAGGUGGGAGACAUGCAAUGAGUUGUCCUGCCCUCUGGUUCAGAGGAGACACCUGAAGCAGAGAUGCUUCUUCUUCUUGGGUCUUGUGAGAGUUCCUUCCUCUCAUACAAUGUGUGUUGAUUUCAGCAUCCCUAUUCUCAAGUCAGCUUCCCUUUCCAUUAUUAUUCAUGAAUAUUCAAGAAUUAUGUGAUGCCAAAAUCCCCAAUAUACAAAUGGAAAAUUAAAGUCUAUCAAUGUUAAAUACUCUCCCUAGUUGUAAGUGAUGUAUGCAUAAUUGCAGGGAGGGUAUAAUAAUCUCACUCAUUUUAAUUCUUUCUCUCUGUCAUUCCAGACACCCAAACAGUCACUAUCAUCUGUUGCGUUAUCCUUCCUAAAUCUUCCUCUACUUGCUCUUCUUCUCUCAUUCCCAUCUUCCACCUGCAGCUGCAACUCUUUUACAUUUCCACCAGCAAUAUAUGAGAAUUUCUCCACAGCAUCUCGAACUCUUGCUAUUUAUUUUUAUUUUUUUAAUUUUAGCCAUCAUAGUGCUGAUGAAGUGGAAACUGCUUGUGGUCCUGAAUUGCUUUUCUCAAAUUGUUCAUGUUGAACAUGUUGAACUGACAAUCUGUAUGCCUUAUUUGAGGAAAUUUUUUUUCUCUCAAUUUCUUUCUCCCUCUUUCUAUGCAUUGCCCCUACCUCUCCAUUGAGUCUGCUUUGUCUGGUCACUAUGCUGACUUUAUGUUGUUAAAUCCACUGGUCAAUUUUCAGUCCUAAUUUCCUAUAAGUUCUCAGCCACAGUGGACCUAUGCUUCCUGGAAACACUAUUUUCACUUUGCAGUCACCAUUAUUUUCUGCCUACUGGAUGGUUGCUCCAAAGUUUCCUUUAUCAGUAUCAUUCCAACCUCUAAAUUUUUGAAUAGCCGGCGUUCAUACCCAGAUGACCUUGCUUCACUGUCUACACUCAUUUCUUUUUGGUGCUCUGGCUGUGCAGUAAUCCUGUGACCUUCUGUGGCAAAAAGGACUUAGAGAUACAAUCUGUCCCUGGACUCCAUAGUGUGAAUAUCCAACUGUUUACUUGAUAUCUCCAUGUGCAUGUAUAAUAGGUAUCUCUAUCUUGACAGGUUUAAACUCAAACUCCCAAAACAUUCUUCCUAUAUGUCAUCCUUCCAAAUGUCACCUCAAUCCUUCCAUUUAUUUUUCUAGCCAUAAAACCUUGCUUUAUCCUUGACUUCGUUCUUUUUUUUUUUUUUUCAUUUUCAUUUCUUUUUCACUCUCUAUUAGACAAUAUAUCUCAGCAUUCUAUAUAUAUUUGAAUACUUAUUUUUGUACAUCUAUACGAAAAAAAAAUGUUUAUAACAAAAUGCUUCUCCUCUCAUCACCUCCUUGGUUCAAUUGGGUCUUUGUUUCUCACCUGGAUUAUCACAGUUGCCUCAGAGUCUCUCAUUUUUGUCCCUAAUCCUUUAAUAUCUAUUUUCAAAAUAUCAUCCAGAUGAAUCUUUUCAAAACCUAAGUUGCAUCACCUUACUCAUGAGCUCGGAACCACCCCAUUAGCUCCCUUUAUCUGGAAGGUCCUGUAUCAUUUGACCUCAUCUUCCUAACUCCCCUCCUUCCUUAAUGCACUCUAGGAUAUUGGGCUUCCUGCUAUUCCUUCAAUACUCUGUGCAUGCUCCUUCCUCUCUAGAAUUCUCUCCUUCCAGGUAUCCACAUGUCUCAUUUCCUGACCUACUUCAGGUCUUUGUUCAGAUGUUAACUUCUCAGUAAGACCCCUGAACUCCCUAUAUAAAACUGCAAACUCUUUCUGGUGGCCUCCUUCCUCCUUAAUGCUUUAUUUUUCUCCACAGUACUUUCACAAGACUGUGUGACAGGGUACAAUUAUUCUGGGCUGUUGUUUAAAGACAGUUGGUAUUGAGGCCUCCAAGAAUAAACUGCAAUCCUAUCAUGCAAAUACCAAUAUUAUUCCCAGAAAAUGGCACAUAACUAAUAGGUGGCAGAGCUGGAGUUGAAAUCUAAGUGUUGGAUACUAAAGCUCUUGAACUCUAUAUAGUCAACAAUCCUUGCCUCCCUAGCACAAAUCUCUCUUGAUUGUAUUGUAUGAUUUUUUUCAGUGCGUUGUCAGAUUCAAUUUGCUAGUAUUUGGUUGAGGAUUUCUGUGACUGUGUCUCUAACAUUGACUUGUAAUUUUUGUGUGUGUGAUAUCUUUGUCUGGCCUUGGUAUUAGUGUGAUGGUGGCCUUCUAGAAUGAGUUUGGUAGUGUUCUUCUCUCUACAAGUUUUGGGAAGAGUUUGAGAAGGAUAUGUAUUAGUUUUUCUCUAAAUGUUUGAGAGAAUUCACCUAUGAAACCAUCUGAUUCAGGACUUUUAUUUCUUUAAAGAUAUUUAAUUAAAAUUUAAUUUCAUUA